AUGAAAUUAUCUGUGGUGUCCAAGAAGUUGUGGUGUGUUCACAAACCGCUGGUGCUCCUGAUAACUCCUCUGAUUUUUUCACCUUUACUGGUGACCUUGCCUGAAAAGGAGGGAAGAUGUCUUUACGUGGUGGUGCUCAUGGCCACAUUUUGGUGCUCCGAGGCGCUCCCUCUGGCUGUCACCGCAAUGCUACCCAUUUGCCUCUUUCCAACACUGGGGAUCAUUCCGUCCAAAAAACUCUGUCCUCAAUACUUCCUUGAAACCAACUUUCUCUUCUUAAGUGGUUUGGUGAUGGCAUCGUCAAUUGAGGAGUGGGGCCUCCAUCGCAGAAUAGCGCUGAAAGUCCUCAGCAUUGCGGGAGUCAAACCAGCCUGGCUCAUACUGGGAAUGAUGAUGACUUCGUCUUUCCUGUCCAUGUGGCUCAGUAACACUGCCACAACGGCCAUGAUGCUCCCCAUCGCCAAUGCUAUCCUGGAGAGUCUCUUCGGGGAUCUGGAGAGCCUCAAGCAGAAAUGCAAGUCGAUCAAGGAUCGUGACGACGGCAUCGCCAUUGGUCAAUCCAAUAGGAUGGAUUCACUUCCCUCAGUGUCCUCAGAGAAACAAAUUUUGUCCCUUGAUGGGAUGGACGCAGUAGAGCGAAAUGACUCAAGGACAGCUGAAGAGAUCCGGUCUGAGUCGGAGUAUCAGAUGAGAGUGUGGAAAGGUUUCCUGAUCUGCAUUCCGUAUGCGGCCAGUAUUGGAGGUACCGCCACACUGACUGGAACUGCACCCAACCUCAUCCUGAUUGGACAGCUCAAAAGCUAUUUUCCAGAGUGUGAUCUUAUCAAUUUUGGCUCUUGGUUUGCAUUUGCGUUCCCGCUCAUGCUCUUCUUCCUUCUGUUGGGGUGGCUAUGGAUAGCCUUCAUCCAUGGAGGCUUGAACACACGCUUAUGCCUCAAGAAACGUGACCAAAGAGCAGACCAAGAGGCCCAAGCGCGAGCUGUCAUUGAAGAGGAUUACAGAAAACUCGGGCCCUUAAAUUUUGCAGAGGGAGCCAUCUCUUUCUUCUUUGUCUUGUACGCCGUUCUGUUGUUCACCAGGGAUCCCAAAUUCUUCACUGGCUGGUCUGCGCUUUUUAAGAAAGGCUACGUCUCAGACGCAGUCACUGGUGUGAUCAUCGUCUCCAUACUAUUUUUCUUCCCCUCACAGAAGCCUUCUCUGAGCUGGUGGUUGGACCCUAAAGCUUCCAAUGUGCCGUACGUUCCUCUACUAUCAUGGAAGAAAGCCCAGGAGGCCGUUCCUUGGAAUAUCAUCUUGUUGCUCGGAGGAGGGUUUGCCAUGGCUCAAGCGUGCGAGGAAUCUGGAUUGGCCUCCUGGAUCGGGGGACACCUCCAGCCUCUGGCCAAGGUCCCGCCUGCCGUGGCCAUGAUGUUGAUCACAGCCUUUGUGGCCUGUUUCACUGAGUUUGCCAGCAACACGGCCACCAUUAUCAUCUUCUUACCAGUUAUCGCUGAACUCGCGUUUCACGUAUCCGUCAACCCUCUGUACUUCAUGAUCCCCGCAACCAUCGGGAGUUCAUACGCUUUCAUGCUGCCUGUGUCGACGCCCCCCAAUUCCAUCGCCUUUGCAUCCGGUCACCUCAUGGUUAAAGACAUGGUGAAAACUGGCAUUGUCAUGAACAUCCUGGGUCUCCUGUCAGUCUCACUUGCCAUAAACACGUGGGGCCUGGCCAUGUUCAAUCUUGACACCUACCCCGACUGGGCUCGCCCUCUCAACCAGACUGUUGUUCUCAUGCCAAAUGUUACUCUCUGA